UUAUUUUUUAGAGUUUGUUCUUAUGUCAUUUUUUAAUUUGAGUUUAUCUAUCGAGAGACGUCAAAAGAGAUGAAAAAAAAGUUUUGUCAAUCUGAAAGAGUUUUCAGACAUCAAUAUUCCAUCAAUGUUUUUUAGCAGUUUCCUAUUCUUUUUCAAAAAAAAAUCUGUCAAAAAGUUGGGAAAUUGUAAAAAUCCCGCAAUAUUUACAAGUGAAGUUCGCGCCUCUGGUGGAAGGACUGAAAUUUAGAGCCCUGGAUGGGAUCACGAUUCAGUUUGAGUUGAGUUUCAGUGAGUGGUGUCAGUGGAUCAGUGUUACACCAUACGAUACAAUGAUCCAUGAUUGCUGCAGCAGGGCCCGAUUCAAUCCUGCUACCACUGCUCAUAUGUAACAAUAUGUAAAGUGGAAAGGUGGUUAGGUGGUCGACGAAGGAGCGGAUCGAAUAACAACUCUUCACUUGUUAGUUCGCUACAUUUUCCUUUUACAAAAUUGAAUGUUGUCAACGUCUCGUCCCUCAAUAUUUAAUAAUUGUCCUUGCUCGUUCGGUUGGUUGGGUUUUGUUGUCCUUUUACUUUUUCACGCGACACCCGUACACGUCCUUAAUUCUCUUUGUGAUAUUUCCGGGUUUUCUGUCUGUCCUGCUACCAUGAACGUUAUUUGUCACAUGAAAUUGAGAGUCGGUACUGCUGCACACUCCCCAGUGUGCUCGAAAAUGACAACAACGACAACGAUUAACCUAAUCGAAGAAGAAGAAGAAGAAGCAGGCUGCUUACGUCGUCAAUGUUAUACUUUCACGGAUUUCACCUGUUAUUAGAUUACCACACACUCCUGAACUCGCCUGGCUCGUUUUGACGAAUAGAUUUUGAGAUUUCGAGAAUUUGAGCUGGGGAUCAGUGGAUUGAGCUGUCACUAUUGACGAUGCAAAAUAAUUCAAAAACCAGAGAGAUGUUCAUCGUUAGAGCCCUUGAAAAAAUCCUUGCCGACAGGGAUGUCAAAAGGUCGCAUCUUUCUCAACUCAGAAAAGCGUGCGAGUCUGCACUCGAGGAUUUGCGCAAUGAGAUCAAGGAAGUACCGAAUUCUCAGAGCGAAGAAACAAUCUCUAACGCUCUGCCUCAGCCGAAGAGCGACUCGAGUGUCAUUUCUGCCGAAAAGUAUUUCCUCCCCUUCGAGCUGGCGUGUCAGAGCAAAUCGCCAAGAAUUGUCGUCACCUCCCUGGACUGUCUGCAAAAGCUGAUAGCCUAUGGACAUCUGACGGGCAGCGUUCCCGACUCCACGGACCCGAGCAAGCUUCUGAUAGUUCGCAUUGUCGAGACCCUGUGUGCCUGCUUCAUGGGUCCACAGACGGACGAGGGGGUGCAGCUGCAAAUCAUCAAAGCCCUCCUCACAGUCAUGACCAGUCAACAUGUCGAAGUUCACGAGGGAACAGUUCUCUUGACCAUACGCACCGUUUACAAUGUCUACCUCGCUUCAAGAAAUCUGGUCAAUCAGACGACGGCUCGUGCCACUCUCACGCAGAUGAUCAACGUCAUUUUCGCCCGAAUGGAGACUCAAGCGGAGGAGGAGCACAUCAAGUCGGAGUUGGAGCAACCCGAUCUUUCCGGAACUUCGGUGACGGAAGUGGAAAGCGAGGUGAGAGUUAGCGAAGAGUCGUUGGCAGAAAGCGUGCCCGAGGCUCAGAGCAUAGUGAAAUCUAUUUUAGAGGAUGUCGUCAAUACGGCUAUUCCUGAAGAUCCUCCAACCCCCGCUCCUUCAGAGGCAGCGAGUGUGGACCAAGUGCCUGCAGACGACAACGCAGACGAGGCGGUUGUCGAGAGCGACAAUAUGGUGACGGCCAAGUUCACGCAUGUUUUGCAGAAGGAUGCCUUUUUAGUUUUUAGAGCUCUCUGCAAGCUCUCGAUGAAACCUCUGCCUGAUGGAACUCCAGACCCCAAGUCUCACGAGCUACGAUCAAAAAUUUUGUCUCUACAAUUACUCCUCGGUAUUUUACAAAACGCUGGUCCGAUUUUGAGGUCCAACGAGAUGUUUGUCAUUGCAAUUAAACAGUAUUUGUGUGUGGCGCUGUCGAAAAAUGGCGUCUCCUCUGUUCCCGAAGUUUUCGAAUUGUCGCUGGCUCUCUUCCUCGCUCUCCUGGCUCGAUUCAAGGUGCACUUGAAGAUGCAGAUAGAAGUAUUUUUCAAGGAGAUUUUCAUGAAUAUACUCGAGACGUCGAGUAGUUCCUUCGAACACAAGUGGAUGGUGAUCCACGCCCUCACUCGCAUUUGUGCGGACGCACAGAGUGUCGUCGAUAUAUACGUAAAUUAUGACUGUGAUCUCUCGGCGGCCAACUUGUUUGAAAGGCUUGUUAAUGAUUUAUCAAAAAUAGCGCAAGGUCGUCAUGCUCUGGAACUGGGCGCGUCUCCCAAUCAGGAGAAAUCCAUGAGGAUAAGGGGCCUGGAGUGUUUGGUGUCCAUCCUGAAGUGCAUGGUCGAGUGGAGCAGAGAUCUCUACGUGAAUCCCAGCAUUCCCGCGGAACAGCAGUUGCCAACUGAGCCGCCUGAUCCGCCCCUCGAGCCACCUGCCUUGCCGCGAUAUGGAAGUGCUGGAAGUCUGUCUUCUGCGAAUUCGAGUCUCGUUGGAAACAAGGAAGUGCCCGACUCGCCGGAGCAGUACGAAGUGCAGAAGCAGCAGAAGGAAGUCUGGGAGGCUGGAAUCGAGAUAUUCAAUCGCAAGCCAAGCAAGGGGAUCCAGUAUCUGCAGGAGCAAAACCUGCUGGGCACCUCGCCGACCGACAUAGCCAGGUGGCUUCACAUUGACGAGCGUCUCGACAAAACCGCCAUUGGCGACUUCCUCGGCGAUCACAAUCACAACGUGGUCAUGUACAACUACAUUGACCAGAUGGACUUUGCUCAGCGGGACUUGGUCACUGCCCUCAGGUAUUUUCUCGAGGGAUUCCGACUGCCCGGAGAGGCGCAGAAGAUCGACCGGUUGAUGGAGAAGUUUGCGAGUCGAUAUUGCGAGUGCAACCCAAACAACGGUUUGUUCACCAGUGCGGACACAGCCUACGUUUUAGGAUUUUCAAUCAUUAUGCUCACCACUGAUUUGCACUCGCCUCAGGUGAAAAAUAAGAUGACCAAAGAGCAGUAUAUCAAACUAAAUCGAAGAAUUAGCGACAAUGAGGAUUUGCCCGAGGAGUACUUGUCGAAAAUUUAUGACGAGAUCGCUGGCAACGAAAUCAAAAUGAAAUCAAAUCCAAACAGGCCUGGAAAACAAGUUAUAUCGAGUGAGAAGAAGCGACGUCUUUUGUGGAAUAUGGAAAUGGAGGUGAUUUCGACUGCGGCGAAAAAUUUAAUGGAAUCCGUGAGUCACGUUCAGGCUCCAUUUACAACAGCAAAGCAUCUCGAGCAUGUGAGGCCCAUGUUUAAAAUAGCAUGGACUCCUUUCUUGGCUGCCUUCAGUGUGGGACUUCAGGACUGCGACGAUCCUGAAAUCGCCUCGUUGUGUUUGGACGGGAUCCGCUGUGCGAUCAGAAUCGCCUGCAUCUUUCACAUGUCGUUGGAGCGUGAUGCGUACGUUCAAGCACUGGCGAGAUUCACCCUCCUGACGGCCAAUUCUCCAAUAACGGAAAUGAAGUCGAAGAAUAUUGAUACCAUCAAGACUCUGAUAACGGUUGCACACACGGAUGGAAACUACCUCGGAAGCUCGUGGCUCGACGUCGUCAAAUGCAUAUCGCAACUGGAACUCGCUCAGCUGAUCGGAACCGGAGUGCGACCUCAACUUCUCGGACCUCCGUCGAAACCUCACUUUCCCUCGCCUCUUGCCAAUCUCACAAAUCUCACCUACAACAAUUCGCAUCAACCCAACAGUCUGAAUCUUAGUUCCCUCGAUCCAAGCGUGAAGGAAUCCAUUGGCGAGACAAGUUCGCAGAGCGUGGUCGUAGCUGUCGACAGAAUAUUCACAGGAUCGACGAGACUCGAUGGUGACGCGAUAGUGGAAUUCGUCAAGGCGCUGUGCCAGGUCUCGAUUGAAGAAUUGGCGCAUCCGACUCAACCCCGCAUGUUCUCUCUGACGAAGAUAGUGGAAAUUUCUUACUACAAUAUGGGUCGCAUCAGACUGCAGUGGUCUCGAAUCUGGCAGGUCAUCGGCGAGCACUUUGACCGGGUUGGCUGCAGUCCGCGUCAGGACAUUUCCUUCUUCGCUGUCGACUCGCUGAGGCAGCUUGCCACCAAGUUCAUCGAGAAGGGAGAAUUUGCGAACUUUCGCUUCCAGAAAGAAUUCCUCAGGCCGUUCGAACACAUAAUGAAGAAAAAUCGCUCGCCGAUUAUCAGGGACAUGGUCGUCAGAUGUGUCGCUCAGAUUGUUCAUUCCCAGGCGCCCAACAUUCGGUCUGGCUGGAAAAAUAUAUUCAGUGUUUUCCACCACGCAGCGAGCGAUCGCGACGAAUCGGUCGUUGAACUUGCUUUCUCGAUGACUGGAAAGAUUAUUAAUGAAUUGUAUGCCGAAGACUUUAGCAUCAUGGUGGAUUCGUUUCAAGAUGCGGUCAAGUGCCUGAGUGAGUUUGCUUGUAAUGCGUCCUUUCCCGAUACAAGUAUGGAAGCCAUAAGACUGAUUCGUGCCUGCGCCUGCUACAUCGACAUGAACCCCAACUUAUUCGCCGAGGGCAUGAUGGAUGACAAUGUUAUGGUUUCGGAAGAAGAUCGUGCCUGGGUGAGAGGCUGGUUUCCUCUGCUCUUCGAAUUAUCCUGCGUUGUCAGCAGGUGUAAACUGGACGUCAGAACCAGAGCCCUCACUGUUCUCUUCGAUGUUGUCAAGACUCACGGCGCUUCUUUCAAGCCCCACUGGUGGAAAGACUUGUUCCAAGUUCUCUUCAGAAUAUUCGACAACAUGAAACUACCAGAGCAGCACACGGAGAAGGCAGAGUGGAUGACAACGACCUGCAAUCACGCCCUCUAUGCAAUAGUGGACGUCUUCUCUCAGUUCUACGAUACUCUGGGUCCAAUUCUCCUCGAGCAAUUGUACUCGCAGCUCCUGUGGUGCGUGCAGCAGGACAAUGAACAAUUGGCAAGAUCAGGAACCAAUUGUCUCGAGAAUUUAGUCAUCAGCAACGGCAUCAAGUUUGACGAAGAAACGUGGAACAAGACCUGUCGCUGCGUCCUCGACAUCUUCGCAAGUACCUUACCAAAUGGACUGCUCACCUGGAAACCGCAGCCCAGCAAGGAAUCUGACCUCGAUGUCAUCAGAGGCGAGUCUGAGAGCAACAUGGGCAUUCUGAAGAGAAGCGGCAGUAGUCAGAGCUUGGCGAACGGAGAGAAUCACCGCUCGAGGGUCUUCUCGGCCCUGCUCAUUAAGUGUGUCGUUCAGCUGGAACUAAUUCAGACAAUCGACAAUGUAGUUUUUUACCCGGCGACUUCGAGAAAGGAGGACCAGGAGAAUCUUGCCCUCGCUCAGGCCGACAUGAUGAACCUCAAGUCCAACGAACUCGGAAGUAGCAACGGGGACCAGCAGAAGGAGGAGCAGGGCAUGUACUGUUCCCUGACUGCGAAUCACUUGCUGCAACUUGUCGAGUGUCUCCUGAAAUCUCAUCGUUUCGCCAAGAACUUCAACUCGAAUCACGAGCAGAGAAAUGUCCUCUGGAAGGCCGGAUUCCGGGGGAACGUCAAGCCCAGCCUUUUGAAACAGGAGACACAGUCCCUCGCCUGUGCGCUGAGGAUCCUCUUCAAAAUGUACAGCGAUGAAGCUCACAGAAACGACUGGCCGAAGGUUGAGGCUCAUCUGAACGAGGUUGCCCGCGAGGCCCUGGACUACUUUCUGGCGCUCUCGACCGAAGCUCACCGAGACGCCUGGACCCCGAUUCUCCUGCUCUUGCUGACGAGGAUCCUCAAAAUGUCCGACAGUCGAUUCGCAGUGCACGCCUCAAAUUGUUAUCCACUCCUCUGCGAAGUCAUGUGCUUCGAUCUCAAACCUGAAUUACGUUCUGUUUUAAGGAGGUUUUUCCUACGAAUCGGUCCAGUAUUCAGAAUCACGCAACAGUAGUUUUACGUAACACUUGCGGUUUGUCGCAAGAAGAUGUACUUUAUUACUUGUAUUAUUCUAUGCAUAUACAUACAUACAUACAAACAAACAAACAUAUUAUACAUACAUAUUGUAAAAGUCAGAGAGUAUACUUAUUAGUUAGUAAAUAUAGAUAUAAGGAUAAAUAUAAAUACUAUACACAUUGUGCUUGGUUGCCGCCGAGUGUGUGAAAGUCACCGACCGAGUGUCCUUUACUAUUUGAUAGUGGGUUUCUUCUUAUACGUAGUACAAACUCUUGCCGGGUUUAUCUUGUUCUAAUGCACUGGAGAAACGCGUUACAUGUACAUUCGUACUCGACUAGAGGUUUAUUCUUUAUCAAAUAACUUGUGUCGCUUUUUUGUGUGUAGCUUAUUGCGAUCAGAUUUUAAUAAAUUCUUUGGUUCCAAACUGAA